AUGGGAAAAGAAAAGACUCACAUCAACAUCGUUGUCAUUGGACACGUAGAUUCUGGCAAGUUGACCACAACUGGUCAUCUGAUUUACAAAUGUGGUGGGAUUGACAAAAGAACCAUCAAAAAAAAUGAGAAGGAGGCUACUGAGAUGGGGAAGGGCUCCUUCAAAUAUGCUUGGGUCUUGGAUAAAUUAAAAGCUGAAUGUGAGCAUGGUAUCACCAUUGAUAUCUCCCUGUGGAAAUUUGAGACCAGCAAGUAUUAUGUGACCAUUGUUGAUGCCUUAGGACACAGAGAUUUUAUGAAAAACAUGAUUAUAGGCACAUCACAGGUUGACCGUGCUGUCUUGAUUGUUGCAGCUGGUGUUGGUAAAUUUGAAGCAGGUAUCUCCAAGAACGGGCAGACCCGUGAGCAUGCCCUUCUGGCUUACACAUUGAUUGUGAAACAACUAAUUGUUGGUGUUAACAAGAUGGAUUUCACUGAGCUGCCUUACAGCCAGAAGAGAUAUGAGGAAAUAGUUAAGAAAGUCAGCACUUACAUUAAGAAAAUUGGCUACAACCCUGACACAGUAGCAUUUGUAACAAUUUCUGGUUGGAAUGGUGACAACAUGCUGGAGUCAAGUGCUAAUAUGCCUUGGUUCAAGGGAUGGAAAGUCACCCAUAAAGAUGGCAGUGCAAGUGUAACCACACUGCUUGAAGCUCUGGAUUAUAUCCUGCCACCAGCUCACCCAACUGACAAUCUUUUGCGUCUGCCACUCCAGGAUGCCUACAAAAAGAAAAAAUCUCCA